UUUGCACCGUAGAUUCGUUUGUGUUGCUCUGGGAAAAGACGGUUCGAUUAUGGCCGAAAGUGACUCCGGUGAUCGCUACGAAUUUGAUGCCCCUUCCCAUGUAGUCGACCUCGUAACGUUAGCAGGAGAGAAUGCUGAAAGCGAAGACUCGUGGUUUGAACAGAGCAGUGGAGCAAACUGCCGCCUUGUAACUCCUUUGAGGACUGACAAAGCCUUUAGGAGCCAUGAACUGGACCUGCCUACAGCCACAAGUCCUCAAGUCAAAACAGACAACUCUGGUCCCAGUAUGCCCACAUCUCAACUUCCAAACGUGGUCGCAUCCUGGGAUGCUGAAUCUCAUGCUCGCACUGGUGCACGACCAAAGAGGACCGCUGCCCAGCCACGCAGGGUUUCAAAGCGUAAAGAGAUGACCAGUGUUCCGGCUUCACCACCAAAGAAACUCAGGAAUGUCCUCCGCCGCAAGGGGCGUCUGAAUACCACGAUUGCGCCUAGCACUCUGGCAGCUUCAGCCACAGAGCCAAGUAGCUCUGAAGAACAGGAGUUGGUGCGCAUCAGGAACCUCCAGAAGGAAGUGGCUCUGCAUCGCAGGAAGAACGAGGCCAGCUACAAAGCUGCUCUGGCUGGCAAUCCACCACCAAAGAAGGUGGUCCUGUUGGCAACUGUGCCCAAAGAGUUCCACUUCAACACAAACACUCGUGCUAAGGCCUCCACUUCAUCCAGUGCAGCCCAGAAGGAUGUGGACUUUAUCCAACAGCUUCGCAAACCCUCCUCUCCAGCAAAGGCUAUGAAAGGUGCCACUGUGCCCAAACCCUUCAACCUGUCAACGAGCAACAAGAGAGAGUUGGAGGAUCUGGCUUCCUACAUGCCACUAGCUCAGCAGAUCCAGCAGUUCGAGAAACGAACCCCUGACCGCUACCAUCUGCGAAGUCUCAAAAGUCGAGAGAAAGGGCCAUCGGCAGGGAAGGGGGUUAAGCUGAGACUCACCCAGCCUCACACACCACACCUGAUGACCCGCCAGAGGAGCCGACCAACCACUGCUAAGAGCAGCGCCGACCUGGAGGAUGAAGAGCUGGACAAACUUCACAAGUUUAAGUUCAACGCCUUGGAACUCAACCGGAAGAUUUUGGAGAGUGCAGAGUGCCUAAAGAGGCCGGCAGUGAAAGAACCCACUGUACCUGAAGGCUUCGUGCUGCAGAUUGAGAAAAGGCUCCAUGAGAGACAGGCCAACAAGAAGCCUCAAGAAGUGGAAGAGAAGCCGCACAGCUUUAAAGCCCAGCCUCUGCCCACAAGGAUCAUGGAAGGAGUCGUGGGAGUGCCAGAGAAGAAAGUUCUGCAUCCAACGGUGCCAGAGUCUCCAGCUUUUGCCCUUAAGAAGAGGGUUCGUAUGGAGGCCAAGAUUGAGGAAGUAAAACAACCCUCACCAAUCAAGGCCCCCCCAGUGCCUCAUUUUGGCCUCCCUUUCCAGCCCCAGCUACAGGAGAACCACCAUGUGGAAGUCCUUCCUUUCUCCUUUGAAGAGCGGGAUCGAGAGAGGAGGGCACUGAAGGAGAAAAGGCUGGAAGAGAAGCGGAAUGGAGAGGUUCCACAGUUCAAGGCCCAGCUACUGCCGAACUUUGACUCUGUGUUCCUCCCUGAGAAGAAGAAGCUGGAGCCCACCAAGCCUGAGCCCUUCAGACUGCUCUUAGAUGAGCGGGGAGCUGUGAGGAGCAUUCGCUCGGAACAGAUGGCGAAAGAAGAGCAAAUACGACAGGAAGCAGCAACAUUCAAAGCCAGGCCCAACACAGUCACUCAUAAAGAGCCUUUCCAGCCCAAAAAGGAGGCGCGGGCUACAGUGGCUGUGGAGGCCUUUGAGCUGUCAACAGAGAGGCGGGCCCAGGAGCGCCAGGAGUACGAGCGUCUGAACAAUGAGAAGGAUACUUUAAGGAUGCUCAUGGAGGCGCAGCAGAGACGAGAGGGGGAGCAGAGGGAGAUGGAAGAGACCGCCAGGCUGCGGCAAGAGCAGGUUCACACUGCUCAGCCCAUCCGACACUACAAACCUGUAGACGUGAAGAAGAGUGACGCGCCUCUCACAAUCCCUCAGUCACCAAACUUCUCCGACCGCUUCCGCGUGUGAUCAGAAAUUUUUAGAAUUGUUGGUCUGAAGUAGCGGUUGUUAACCAAUGUGUAUUUGAAAUGUCUGAAGCUGUUCUGUAGCGUUCAUGUUUACCUUUAGCCACAUAUUGUAUAUUCACUCAUUUUUUCUUUUCUCAGUCUUGCCCACACUUUUACAUGUCAACCUUUCUUAUAUUGCUUAUUAAGUAAUUGUUUGAAAGUGUCUUUGUCUCUUGUUUUUAAUAUCUGAAUGUUAAGGUUGUUGGAUAUUCCAGAAUUAAAAUGAAUGAACCGUA